UAUACUCUCAUACAAACCCACUCUUCUUCUUCGCAGAGUUUUAUUAAUUUCUCUUCGAAUUUAUCGUUUUCCUUUUGGGUAUUCGAUACUUGGUAUAUAUGGCGGAAGAAACUAAGGCACCCGCUCAAGAGACGCCGGCACAAGAAGUGGCGCCGGCGACGGCGCCGGUGCCGGAGGCCGCAGCUGAGGUUGUGGAGAAGGAGGCGACGCCGGAGCCGGAGCCUGAGAAGACGGCUGAGGAGGAGAAGGAGAAGGCUGCGGUUACGGAGUCGGGUUCGUUUAAGGAGGAGAGCAACAAGGUGGAGGAGCUUCCCAACCCGGAGAAGAAGGCGUUGGAUGAGUUUAAGGCGUUGGUUCAGGAGGCUUUGAACAACCACGACUUUACCGCUAAGCCUAAGGAGGAGGAGAAGAAACCCGCCGCCGCCGCCGCUCCGGUUGCGGAAGAGCAACCCAAGCCGGAGGAGGAUAAGAAAGAAUCCGAGGCUGCGCCGGAGCCGACCAAGGAAGCGCCUGUGUCGGAAGAGAAGAAAGACGCGGAAGCGCCGCCCAAGGCGGAGGAGGAGAAAAAGGAGGAGGUGAAAGAAACAGAGAAAGAGAUUCCACCGCCACCCACGGAGGCGCCGUCCGCCGAGCCUUCGGUGGUUGUCGAGAAACUCGAAGAAAAGGCCGCAACUCCGGCCGAGGUAAUCAAGGAGACCAUCGUCGAGGUGGCCGCAACGGAGGAACCCUCCACCGUCGAGCCCAAGGAAGAACCAAAGACCGAAGAAGUCGCCCCUCCGCCGCCGCCGCCGGUUCCAGAAGAGGUCUCCAUCUGGGGAAUCCCUCUCCUCGCCGACGAACGCAGCGACGUAAUCCUCCUCAAAUUUCUCCGGGCUCGCGAUUUCAAGGUAAAGGACGCCUUCGCCAUGCUCAAAAGCGUCGUCGCAUGGCGCAAGCAAUUCAAAUCCGACGACCUCCUAGAAGAAUCCGAGCUGGGACACGGCCUAGACAAGGUUGUCUACAUGCACGGCGUCGACAAAGAAGGCCACCCAAUCUGCUACAAUGCCUUCGCAGAGUUUCAGGACAAAGAAUUGUACCAAAGCACCUUCGCUGACAAGGAAAAGCUCAACAAUUUCCUGCGAUGGAGGAUUCAAUUCAUGGAGAAAUCCAUCAGGAAUCUUGAUUUCACCCCUGAAGGAAUCAACACCUUUGUUCAGGUCAUUGAUCUCAAGAACUCUCCCGGACUUUUCUUCUUCAAGAAAGAGUUCCGACAGGCCACCAACCGGGCCCUCCAGCUCCUCCAAGACAAUUAUCCUGAAUUUGUUGCCAAACAGGUAUUCAUUAAUGUUCCUUGGUGGUAUCCGGCCUAUUAUAAGAUGAUCAAUGCACUUUUCACCACAAGGACAAAGAGCAAGUUUGUCUUUGCAGGCCCUUCCAAAUGCGCCGAGACACUCUUCAAGUAUAUCGCCCCGGAGCAAGUACCUGUUCAGUAUGGCGGGCUUAGCAGAGAGGGCGAUUAUGAGUUCACCACUGGUGACCCUGCAACCGAGGACACUAUCAAGCCAACUUCCAAGCACACUAUUGAGUUCCCGGUUACUGAGAAGUGCACAUUGGUUUGGGAGGCGAGGGUGAUAGGUUGGGACGUGGCCUAUGGGUCCGAGUUCGUGCCUGCUGCUGAAGGCGCGUACACGAUCAUCGUAGAGAAAUCGCGGAAAAUUGGACCGGCUGAUGAGACGAUAAUCAGCAACAGCUACAAAACAGAUUGUGCAGGAAAGGUGGUGCUCACAUUUGACAACCAAACUUCCAAGAGGAAGAAGCUUCUCUAUAGGUCCAAGACCAAGGGCUCUGAUUGAAGAAAGGGACAAUUUCUUGUGGCUCUUCAAGCUCAAUCACAGUACAACUGGACUGCACAAUAAUUUGUUCAUUUAUAGAUUUUUACCCCCCUGUUUCAUAUUAAAUUUAGUGGUUAAGAGUUUGGGAUAUUUAUUUAAUAUUUGUUGGGAUUUUUUUUGUGAACAAUUGUUGGUGUUUUGACUGUUUGUGUGGUCUUUUGAUAUAAUGGGAAAAAGCAAGGAGAAUGGCUGGGUGAAAGGAGAACAUCAGUGACAGUGUAUACAGGGUUGUGUUAAUGUGGACAGAACUUUUUGAUAUUUUAGUUCAUACUUUUUUUUCUGGGAAA